AGAAAGCGGCGAAGAGCCAUUCAUCAGCGCGAAGGGCUGUUCACGGCUGACCCCUAAAUCACGGCACUACGAGUAGAUGCACUGAUUGGACACAGCAUGGGAGCCUCCGCGCUUUGCAUUCACCCACCGAGGCGGUGAGGAAGAGAAAAGGGGACCAGGCGAAGGUGGUUCAGCCCAUCUGGCAGCGGAAGGCGGCCAAAGGGACGCCUCGGGGGGCAACAGAGUCGCUGUCCGCUUGCCAAAUGCCGGAGCAAAGAAGCCAGGGGUUGUAAAUGGCCAACCCCGUUCCCCGCCGCCCAGGCCGGGCGGAUGGGUCUCCCCGUGCUUUAUGGUAGGCGCCUCUCCCGCUUCCCUCUCUGGCAAGGGGAGGCAGGAACCAAAGCGGCUGCUGCUGCUGCCGAGCCGACUCGUCCUUUGGGGUGUCCCCCCCCCCCGUCCUCCCAUUAGACCCUCCCGGCUGCCUCUGCUCCUCCUUCUUCCCCCCCCCUCCCGUCGCAUUUUAUUGUGGGGUUCUCGCUCCCGCUUUCCCGUCUUCCAGAAAGGGAGACCCAAAAAUUAAUAAUGAACUCCCUGCGCACUCUCCUCGCCAAGGCGAAAGCGCAGCCAAGAAAGUGAACUCCGCGGGGCUUGCAGCCUCCCCCCCUCCCGCCAGGACGAGGAAAGGAACUUGUAACACUUGCCCCCCUUUCUCUCCUCCUCUCCCAUCCCCUCCCGUCCUCCUUCCCCGUGAUUUUUGUUGUUAUUAUUGGUCAAGCGCAUGGUGCCCAAAGCUCCUGCUGCUGCUGCUGCUGCUGUUCUCGGCGCGCCUGGGCUGACCGAGCAGAGGAGGCGGAGGACAGACCAAAGCGGAGGCGCCCGGGGGGAGAGCCACAUGAGGUGUUUCAGCCAAAGCUGCCUAAAAGCAACUUCAGUUAUGGAAGCCACCUGGACUACCAAAGUGGACUUAAAUUGAAUGUAGAGGAGACUUCCAAGUAACCUGGCCUGAUGCGCAUACAGAAGGAAUGAAGCAUGGAUGUGAAAGAACGCAGACCUUAUUGCUCCCUGACAAAGGGCAGACGAGACAAGGAACGGCGUUACACAAAUUCUUCAGCAGCAAACGAAGAGUGCAGAGUGCCUACACAGAAAUCCUACAGCUCAAGCGAAACCUUGAAAGCAUUUGAUCAUGAUUCCUCCAGAUUGCUUUAUGGAAACCGGGUAAAAGACUUGGUCCACAGGGAGUCAGAUGAAUAUAGCAGGCAAGGACAGAAUUUUACCCUAAGGCAGUUAGGAGUUUGUGAACCAGCAACUCGAAGAGGACUGGCAUUUUGUGCUGAAAUGGGGCUCCCCCACAGAGGUUACUCUAUCAGUGCAGGGUCAGAUGCUGAUACAGAAAAUGAAGGAGUGAUGUCUCCGGAGCGUGCCAUGAGACUUUGGGGCAGGGGGGUCAAAUCAGGCCGCAGUUCCUGUCUCUCAAGCCGUUCCAACUCAGCCCUCACUUUAACUGAUACUGAGCAUGAAAACAAGUCCGACAGUGAGAAUGGGACUUCUACCCAGCCCACCAUAUGUUGGAAUACUGCAUAUGAUGAUGAGGCUCUGAUCCUGAUUGGAGAUCCUGAAUGCCACCAAAAUACAAGUCCUCCCAUGCCAUCCUCCUCAUCUAGUCAAUCUGUUAUUGAACAUUUACAUUCCCCUCCUCCAUCACCUAAUCUCCAUGACAACCAGAGAUGGUUGCUAAGUACUAAUGCUAUCCAGCCAGUUCAGGACUCUGACACUGAUGAGGACUAUACAGCCAGCUCUUAUCUAGUACAGACCGGUCCAGUUUCAGUUUUUGCCUCAGGUCAUGUUAGCUCAACCCAGUAUCCCUAUUCAGUAAUCACAAGACUGAGUAGCAAACUUACUACCUUGUUCUUUUUAAGUACUCUGCAGUUGGGUUUCCGCAAGGAAGAAAUUCUUGAAAGUCAGCCAUUUGAUACCUUUUACUAUAUGAGGAGAUAG